AGGGACAUCCACAGAUGGAUCGGCUUGGUUGCCCGAUUGAAAUGGAACCCAAGACGCUCAACGAAGGAGAACUGAGCAAUGCCCGGGAAGCAGCAGUUGAAAUAAUCCAAACCAAGGUCGCAAAGGAAGCUUCGACUAUCUUCACCCAGGGCAAGAAGGCUGUGAAGACAGCAGAGCAAAUGAGGAAGGAGAUCGAAAAGAGAGACCAACUCGAGAAGCUUGUGGGAGAAGGCGAGGGAAGUGGAGUUCGCAGUGGAUCAUGGGAUCUUCCUUGCACUGAUGAUGAGAUUUCCGAUGUUAUCACAUCAACGGAGCCUCUCUCGUCUCCGUUUUGAACUGUAAUUUUCCAAUCACAAGAUCUUACAGUCCACGUGUAAGACGACGGGCGAUGGAGGCCGAUUAAGUGCGCCCCGAAACGCAAGGGAUUGUGUCUUCGUGCCAUUUCUUGGAUCUCCGGCGACUCUGCAGCGGGAGGGGGAGGGAGACAUGGAGGCGGCGAGCGCGGCGCCGGCGGCGGACAAGAGACGCCACCCGUUCCCAUGGCUGAAUCUGAUGGCGACGGAGCCCUUCUACCUACUCCACUUCCUUCUCUUCUUUUCCUACCUCGGGGCCCGCAGCUCCGCCUCCCAAACCCUCUCCGCCGAUCUCGUCGAUCGCCUCUUCCGUCGGGAGAUUCAGGCGAUUCUUGCGUUCUUGGUGCUGGUGGCAGUAAAGAUGGUGAAAGAGGAAACCUGGGAGGCAUUCAUUGCUAAUACUCUGCUUUAUGCCAAGGGAUUCCUAUUUGCAAUCGCCUUAGUAAUUGAUUAUCACUUGGCUCUUUGUUACUUAUUGGGGUUCCUAGUAAUAUCCAUUAUAACUCAGCAACCACCUUAUGAUGGCCUAGGUGAUUGUAGUCAAUUAACCCCUUUGCAAUUGGAAAGCUUACUAACUGAAGGAAGCACCUCAAGGUUUUGGCUGGUUGAGUUUCGGGCUUUAUGCUCUUCAACAUGCGUGCAAAAAUGUCGUAUUUUCCCUGAUCUCUCCGUAAUAUACUCAAACAAAAAUAUUUCUUUUGGAGUAGUUGAUAUUGGGCACUUCCCAAAUGCUGCAGAAAAGUUUGGAAUAUCUUUACCUGGUCAAAUUCCGACAUAUAUUUUGUUUGAAAAUGCGGUGGAAGUUGCUAGACUACCUGAAUUCAGCUAUACAGAAGCUUCUGUCCCAACAAUUAGCAAGCACCUUUGAAGUGACCGACGCCUUUCUGCACGCUGCGACGUCGACGAGCAUAUUAUUCCCACGGCAACUACAACUCGUGCAAUGCAUUGUCUGCCGCGUCAAAGUAGAUGCAAGCAGUUGACCUAUCCAACCGACCCCGCUAGAUCUCUUCGUUAUAUGUCCAGAAAACCAGGAACUUAAUGGUGAUGCCAACGCUCUCGGCUCCUUUCUCGGUAUGACUCACUCCGAAUUAUGGCACUUGCUCUUUCUCUGCCAUCCGCAGGGUAAGAAAAAGCUGCAUACAGUAGUCCACAGCGUGGACUACGUCUUGGUUGAAGCGGCGGGCAGGGCAAAGCCAUUGGACCGGGUCUGAGCCCACCGUCCGACGGAGAGCCGGUCAAAAUUUAUGGUCAAUCCAUAUCGUAAUUUUGGAUGGGAGCGUGUCUCUACUUAUGCUAAAAUUGUCACCUAAUGUUUAUUAUUCUUUAUGAUGCUACGGUGUUAGCCUUAUCAGAAACCUCAUCCAUGACCACGAGACUGUAACAGGCUUUCCCAGAAAGUUGGUACGUAGCACAGGGAGGCUUGAACGAUCUGUAUUCUAAAGCUUUUUGUUUGUGUUUUUUUAAUGGGCCUUGAGAUGCCUUCUCUC